CAGGGAAGUCCCAGCUCUUUAUUUUUUUAUUGGAGUACAGUUCCAACCUCUGUUCUUUGAAGCCCUGAGGCCUGGCAUACAGUAGUUAAAAUCACCGGCUUUGGAACCAGGCCGUCUGGUUUGCAGUCCGACACUGCCACUUACUGACUGUUUGACCCUGGGCGAACUCCCUACACUCCCCGAGCCCCAGGUUCCUUGUCUGGAAAAUGGGGAUAACGAAGGUACCUGCUUCACGGGGCUAUGGUGAUGACACCUGAGAUAAGGCAUGUAAAUAUCAUACAGUACAGUGCCUGGCAUACGGACUCCACUAAUGACAGUUGCCACCGUCACCAUUAUUAGUGGCUUGGACCAGGGAAGGCUGCGUGGAAGUGGCUGGGGGAGCGGGAGUAGACGGCGCGUGGCUGGGCGGCUUCCCACGUACCGAGCAUGGUCUGCGCCCGGAGUGCGCCAGGCGCACGUGUGUCCUUACUCGGGUGUCCCCCCACGUGUGGAGGGCCGCGCUCCCGAGGCCUUUGAUGGCAGGCGUAUGGGAAGUGGGCCCCCCCCCCACCUCGCCACUGCCACCCUGCGCAGCUUCUCCCCACUCUGCUCUAAAACGAGAAGUAGAGUGAGUUCCCCCAAGGGGUCGGCCGCGCCCCUUCCUGUCCCCGCCCUGCCGGCUGCCCCAGGCCAGUGGAGUGGCAGCCCCAGAACCAGGACCGCGGUGGUGAGGUGGCCUGGGCGCUGAGAGCCUCGCGAGGCUUAGCCCCGGCGUUCUCCGCCUGCCCGGACUCAGCGGCACCACCCUGUUGCCUGCACCCCCUUCCCCCCGGGCACCCCCAGGAUGGUGAGGUGGUUUCACCGAGACCUCAGUGGGCUGGAUGCCGAGACCCUGCUCAAGGGCCGAGGGGUCAACGGGAGCUUCCUGGCUCGGCCCAGUCGCAAGAACCAGGGCGACUUCUCCCUCUCCGUCAGGGUGGGGGAUCAGGUGACCCACAUUCGGAUCCAGAACUCGGGGGAUUUCUACGACCUGUAUGGAGGGGAGAAGUUCGCGACGCUGACGGAGCUGGUGGAGUUCUACACGCAGCAGCAGGGCGUCCUGCAGGACCGCGAUGGCACCGUCAUCCACCUCAAGUACCCGCUGAACUGCUCAGACCCCACCAGUGAGAGGUGGUACCAUGGCCACAUGUCUGGAGGGCAGGCAGAGACACUGCUGCAGGCCAAGGGUGAGCCCUGGACUUUUCUCGUGCGUGAAAGUCUCAGCCAGCCUGGAGAUUUUGUGCUGUCCGUGCUCAGCGACCAGCCCAAGGCUGGGCCGGGCUCCCCGCUCAGAGUCACCCAUAUCAAGGUCAUGUGUGAGGGUGGACGCUACACAGUGGGCGGUUCGGAGACCUUCGACAGCCUCACGGACCUGGUGGAGCAUUUCAAGAGGACGGGGAUCGAGGAGGCCUCGGGCGCCUUCGUCUACCUGCGGCAGCCAUACUACGCCACGAGGGUGAACGCAGCUGACAUUGAGAACCGGGUCUUGGAACUGAACAAGAAGCAGGAGUCGGAGGACACAGCCAAGGCUGGCUUCUGGGAGGAGUUUGAGAGUCUGCAGAAGCAGGAGGUGAAGAACUUGCACCAGCGGCUGGAAGGGCAGCGGCCAGAAAACAAGAGCAAGAACCGCUACAAGAACAUCCUUCCGUUCGACCACAGCCGAGUGGUCCUGCAGGGACGCGACAGUAACAUCCCUGGGUCCGACUACAUUAACGCCAACUACGUCAAGAACCAGCUGCUAGGCCCCGAUGAGAAUGCUAAGACCUACAUCGCCAGCCAGGGCUGCCUGGAGGCCACAGUCAUCGACUUCUGGCAGAUGGUGUGGCAGGAGAACACCCGUGUCAUCGUCAUGACCACCCGGGAGGUGGAGAAGGGCCGGAACAAAUGUGUCCCAUACUGGCCAGAGGUGGGCACUCAGCGCGUUUAUGGACUCUACGCUGUAACCAACUGCGGGGAACACGACACAGCUGAGUACAAACUCCGCACCUUACAGGUCUCCCCGCUGGACAAUGGGGACCUGGUUCGGGAGAUCUGGCACUACCAGUACCUGAGCUGGCCUGACCACGGGGUCCCCAGCGAGCCUGGGGGUGUCCUCAGCUUCCUGGACCAGAUCAACCAGCGGCAGGAAAGUCUGCCUCACCCAGGGCCCAUCAUCGUGCACUGCAGCGCCGGCAUCGGCCGCACCGGCACCAUCAUUGUCAUCGACAUGCUUAUGGAGAGCAUCUCCACCAAGGGCCUGGACUGUGACAUCGACAUCCAGAAGACGAUCCAGAUGGUACGGGCCCAGCGCUCGGGCAUGGUGCAGACGGAGGCGCAGUACAAGUUCAUCUACGUGGCCAUCGCCCAGUUCAUCGAAACCACCAAGAAGAAGCUGGAGGUCAUGCAGUCCCAGAAGGGCCGGGAGUCGGAGUACGGGAACAUCACCUACCCCCCAGCCAUGAAGAAUGCCCAUGCCAAGGCCGUCCGCACCUCCUCCAAACACAAGGAGGACGUGUAUGAGAACGUGCACAGUAGAAACAAGAAAGAGGAGAAGGUGAAGAAGCAGCGGUCAGCGGACAAGGAGAAGAGCAAGGGUUCCCUGAAGAGGAAGUGAGCUGGGCCUGUCCUGCGGCGGCCACGCCUCAGCUCCGUCCCUGCAGAGGCCUCCAGUGGAAGACCCAGAGCCUGAACCUCGGAGCCUGGCCCCCCAUUCCAUUGUAAUUUAAAUGGCCGUGUUCCCACCUCCCUCUCCCAGCCCCUGUAUAUAGCCCAGCAAGGCCCCUGGCAGGGCCAGGCCUUUCUCUUGUAAAUAAAGCCUCUAGGUCACUG